GUUCGGGGAUUAGUUCAAAAGUGGAAACCAUCCAGAAGCGUGUCUUGGAAAUCGCACCGUGCGAGAAGAGCUUUUCUCUCGCCCCGCUCCCAACCAGUAAGAAGAAGGAUCAUCUCAUCAGAUUGAUGCGUUCCGGAAGCUAAGUCGCAUUUUAGCCCGAAGGAUUUGCCAAAGGAACUCAACGGUGGUAGCGAAUCGAGCUCCUCUUGACCAGAAGCAGUAAACCAAUCUCAAAGAAAGGAUUAUAAGAUGCUAGAGGUCUUCCUGUGUAGCCGAGAAUUGUCGGAUUCCGAAGUGGCUGUCGUCGUCUGUCGUUGAAUGUGGAUUUAGUUUUAAAAUCGUCAUAUGUUCGAACAUUGCUAAUUUAUAUGAUAAGAGAGAAUUGACUCUGAGAAACUUGACAAAAACUAGUGUGACAGAAAUAAUUCGAAGAAAACCUGUCCGGAGUGCAGUGCCAGUGUGCAAGAGAACUUGCCUGAAGUCAAAGCUAUAGAAGAAAAUCGUGCCCACAGCUGUUCCAGUACCUAGAACUUUCUCACGCACAAAGUUGGUAGAAGGAAACCGGCCCAAUAAAAACCAGUGUUGGUGACUAUGAAAGAUUUGAAAGACCUUUCGGCACUUCAGUUGAACACUCGCAACGCGGUUAAAGGCGGCAGCAGCAGCAGUAGCAAACGCACCAAAUGGAACGUGCCCAUCACUGACUUCGCUCGGCUCACCCACAAUCCGAUCCGAGCCAUUGUCGAAGGUUUGAAGAUCGCACCGAAUCCGGACAAACCACUGAUUGCGCUCUCGAUCGGUGAUCCCACAACCUUCGGUAACCUCAAGCCAGCACCGGAGGUCAUCGACGCCCUACGCAGCGUGGUACAGGACGGGUCCCACAACGGUUACGGACCCAGCACUGGUUUUCCGCAGGCUCGCCAAGCCGUCGCCGAUUACGUAUCGCACCAGGGCGAUGUCACGGCCAACGAUGUCAUUCUGUGCAGUGGUGCCAGCUGUGCGCUGGACCUGUGCCUCUCGGUGCUAGCCGGGCCGGGCCAGAACAUAUUGAUCCCCAGGCCGGGUUUCUCCAUCUACCGUACCCUGGCCGAGGGCUUCGGAGUCGAAUGCCGCUACUACGACUUGAUGCCGGACAGGAACUGGGAAGUUGACUUGGUACAACUGGAAUCAUUGAUCGACGCCAACACGGCUGCCCUGAUAGUGACCAACCCGAGCAAUCCGUGUGGAAGCGUGUUUAGCAGGAGCCACCUGGAAGCCAUCUUGGAUAUUGCCGAGAAACAUUUUUUGCCGAUUAUUGCCGACGAAAUCUACGAACAUUUCGUAUUUCCGGGUCAGGAGUUCUACGCUGUCAGUUCGCUAUCCAAGAAGGUACCGGUACUGUCAUGCGGUGGACUGACUAAGCGUUUUCUGGUUCCCGGAUGGCGCAUGGGUUGGAUUGUGAUUCACGAUCGGGAUAACCUGUUCCAGGACGUUCGCAAAGGGCUGGCCAAUCUCUCUGCGCGAAUCCUCGGAGCCAACACCCUGGUGCAGGGUGCUCUGCCCGCCAUCUUGAAGAACACUCCCCCGGCGUUCUACGAUGAUUUGGUUUCAACACUUUAUCGACAUGCCGAACUGGCGUACAAGUCGAUCAAGCAAAUCCGCGGUCUGCGUCCGAUCAUGCCCGGUGGGGCCAUGUACAUGAUGAUCGGCAUCGACAUCAGCCGGUUCCCCGAGUUCGAGACGGAUCUGGAGUUCGUGCAGGCAUUGGUUGCGGAGCAGAGUGUGUUCUGCCUACCGGGCCAGUGCUUCGAGUAUCCGAACUACGUGCGCAUUGUGCUCACCGUUCCGGAGGAGAUGAUCGUCGAAGCGUGCAAGCGUUUGGAGGAAUUCUGCCAGAAGCACUACAAGCUGGACGACAAUGUCAUCUUGGAACAGCAGCAGCAUGGUUUCCUGGCAAAGCUGGCUGAUUACUGAUGGGCGCCGAAUAUAAUUCAUGAGUGCCAUUUUAUAUAUCUACUCAUAUGACUUUUAUUCAACUUUGUAAGCGAAAACGAAAUAGUUUACCCGUAUAUAUAGUACCUUUCGAGAUCAAUUUUGAAAUUUUACAAAUAUUUACAAUAUUCUAUUAUACCCUAUAUAUCAUUUUAUACUGCUUACAUAUUUUCAAUAAAUAAUCCUGUUAUACAUAA